UUCUCACUCUUUAUAAUAAUUUACAUAUUAAAUGCACCAUUUCCCAUUUCUCUCAUACACUUAUGUUGCCCUAUAAAUACCCCACUUUCAAACUCUCUCCAUCCAACAUUUAUCUCCACCUUCAUCUUCUUCUUCUGCAAAUUCCUCUCUGAGUAUCAGAAGCACGCAUUUGCGAGAGGUUAAGAGAAAUUGAUUCUUAAUUUCGAAAGCAAUGCGUCUCUCUUUAGCAAAACCGGUGCCAUAUACAAUUCCUUCAACACACGUAAGAAUAGAUUGCUGCAGAGCUCUUACUCAGCCGAUAAAGCUCAACCGGAAGUCUAUGCAGAUAACUGACCAGCCUCUCCAGAACUGGGAGCGUCUUCUCGACCCAGUUGACAGCGCAAUGCCGUCGCGGUCCCCCUCCGUUAAACUACGUAACAAAUGGAUGGAAUAUCAAGGCGUUCGAAACUGGGAAGGUUUGCUUGAUCCUCUUGAUGAAAAUUUACGUGGAGAAAUUCUCCGAUACGGAAACUUUGUGGAAGCUGCGUAUAAAUCAUUCGACUUCGACCCUGCUUCCCCCACCUACGCAACAUGCCAGUUUCCGAAGAGUACAUUGCUCGAGAGGUCUGGUUUGCCAGAAACCGGUUACAGAAUUACCAAACACCUGCGUGCUACAUCAGGGAUUCAACUGCCACGAUGGACAGAAAAAGCCCCGAGCUGGAUGGCAACUCAGUCCAGCUGGAUUGGCUACGUGGCAGUUUGCCAAGACAAAGAGGAGAUUUCGAGGUUAGGGAGAAGGGACGUGGUGAUUUCCUUUAGAGGUACUGCUACUUGUCUCGAGUGGCUCGAAAAUGUAAGAGCUACCCUGGCAAAUAUACCCAAUGCAGAUUCAGACAAGAGCUCAGUAAAAUCACCUCCUGGUUCUCCAAUGGUAGAAAGUGGAUUCUUAAGCCUCUACACUUCUAGAACACCGACGGGACCAAGCCUGCAAGAAAUGGUUCGAGAAGAAAUUCAGAGGCUUCUACAAACCUACGGCGAUGAACCUCUUAGCUUAACCAUAACAGGCCAUAGUCUUGGCGCUGCUCUAGCAAUUCUCACUGCCUACGACAUCAAAACAACAUUCAAACAUGCACCAUUAGUCACCGUCAUCUCCUUCGGCGGCCCGCGUGUCGGAAACCGGAGCUUCCGACAACACCUGGAAAAACAAGGCACCAGAGUUCUACGUAUUGUGAAUUCUGAUGAUGUAAUAACAAAAGUACCUGGAUUUGUAGUUGACGAAGACAAUGACGCCGCAAAAAAAGAUGACAUAAUGAGCAUUCCAGGAAUUCCAAGCUGGAUCCAGAAAAAAGUUGAGGAGACACAGUGGGCGUACGCCGAGGUCGGAAGAGAACUGAGAUUAAGCAGCAAAGACUCUCCGUACAUAAAUAACAUAAAUGUUGCGGCUUGCCACGAACUUAAAACUUAUCUGCACCUAGUAAAUGGAUUCGUGAGCUCAUCAUGUCCAUUUAGAGCAACAGCCAAAAGGGUUCUUGGCAACCAUGCACGUACUGUUUAGAUAGAUGACAAAAUAAUUAAAGAGUUAACUUAAUUAGGGUAUCUUUGUUUUUAUUAGGUGAUAGUAAUGAUUAACUGAACGAAUGUAUCCGUACAAUGAAGUGGUUGUACGGACCU